AUGCGUGAGCAAGCUUGUUCAGGCACAGAGCUGGGGGUGAAAAUGAGCUCCUGGGCAAUCAGCCCCAACAACCUCCACACUCUGUUCAGCUCUGACUCUGUCCCUCUCUCCAGGCACUGCGUGUGUGAGGUGGGGCAUGAUUUUGUGUUUGGGUUCACAACACGUUCAAAACUGACCCGUCAUUUCCCAUUCUUUUUCUCUUCCAAAGCUGUCAGUUCCAUGCCAGCGGAUACCAGGACUCACAAUGAAGAAAUGGUGACUCGCUGCAUCAUCGAGGUCCUCUCAAAUGCCCUGUUGAAGUCCAAUGCUCCACCCAUCACCCCUGAGUGCCGACAGGUCCUGAGGAAGAGCGGAAAAGAGGUUAAAGAUGAAGAGAAAAGUGAAAACGAAAACACAAGGUUUGAAGUAAGGUUGUUACGAGACCAAGCUGAUGCCUCAGAAGCCCGCAGGCCCUCCAGUAGGGAGGACCGAGGAGACCCAGGGGAGGAGGGCACCCAGGGCCUGUCGGUGGCCAGCAGAGAAGGCGGCGGGCACAGCCGAGAGGGAGCCAGGGAGCCCCAAGGGGGCCUCUAUCCCUCUGACAGCCUAGUCUCCAAAGAAGCAAAGACGCACCAUCCUGAGAAGAGCGUGGGAGAGGGCAGGGAGGGAGAGGACGGAGAGAGAGAUCGGCAAAUGGGGCGUGGGGACGGUGGCAGGGAAGAGGGGCACCUGGAAGAGCCAGGAGAGACGCACGAGGCCGUUCCUGACACGAGAAGCCAGGCUUCCGCUGGGAAAACAGAGGCGAUGGUGGCCAGGUAUGACGCGCGCUCUGCCAGGCUCCCCGAGGAGAAGACACACAGCCGGGAGAGGAGCAGCCAGGAGAGCAGAGAGUCCAAAAGCCAGUCUGGGAGCCAGGAGGAGUCUGAGGAAAGCGAGGAAGAUGCCAGCCACGAGGCGGACAAACGGCGCUGGCGGCCACGACACCACCAUGGGCGGAGCAGGCCUGACAGAUCCUCCCAGGAGAGGGGACAGCCCCGCUCGGAGUCCGAGGGGCCCAACGCGGCCGAGGCCAGCUUAGGGGACGAGAGGGACCGUUAUCCAACCCACUACAGGGCCUCAGAGGAAGAACCCGAGUAUGGGGAAGUGGUGGGGGGGUACGCAAGGCUGCGGGCUCCCGAGAACCUGGAGGGGGGGAAGGAGAGGGGUUCCAGGCCUCCCAGGGCUGAGGGCCAGGGGGACAAGAGAAACCGCCCCAGCUUGGACCUGGACAGCAUGGCCUAUGGGUACGGCGAGGAAAGCGCGGGCAGGGGCCCUGGGUGGGGGUACGUCCCCAGAGCCAGGCCCGGGGGGCCUGGCGCCUACUCCCUGCCAGGCAAAGGGGAGAAACAAUCCUUGGGUGGAGGACACUACCCUGUUGACGAAAGCCACGUGGACAGGGCAAGGGCGCCCCUGCAAGGCGGGUGGGAGGAGCUGGACAGAAACGACCUCGGCUACGGCGAGGAAACCGGCGAGGACGGGGCCCACGGGACGUGGCCGCGGCAGGAGGGCCUGCGGGACACGGACACGAAGGAGACCCGGGAGGGGGCUCGGCUUGCGGGCGCCCGGUCUGCCCCCGAUCGCAUCACCCACAGGAGCAGGGCCGGGGAGCUGCUCCCCCGCUACUUCGCCCCGUCCCCGGGGAGGGGCGGCCACCAGGGGAGGGAGGACAGCCUGGAUGACAACUUCCCCGAGGCCGAAGGCGGAAACGGCCUGGCCUUGACGGAGAAGAGUUUCUUCCCCGAGUACAACUAUGACUGGUGGGAGAGGAAGCCCUUCGAGGACGACGAGAGCUGGGGCUACGAGAAGAGGAGCCUGGGCCCCAGGCCGGACCUGAAACGCCAGUACGACCGCGUGGCCGAGCUGGACCAGCUCCUGCACUACAGGAAGAAGUCGGCCGAGUUCCCCGACUUCUACGACCCCGAGGAGCCGCUGGUCCCUCGCCGCGCAGGGGACAGUGCGAAGGACAGGGCCGGCCCCGGGGUUCUCACGGAGGAAGAGGAAAAAGAACUUGAAAACCUGGCCGCAAUGGAUUUGGAACUACAGAAGAUAGCCGAGAAGUUCAGUGGCAAUCGAAGGGGCUGAUGGUCAUUGGAGCCAAGGGCUGUUUUAAGAAGCAGCCUUCGCAUUAUCUGUUUCCCACCACUUCACAGAAAGACACCAUUUAUUUAGCUAAAGGCGGAAAGUAGACUUUGCUGUUCAUUAAGUGCUUGAGGCAAUUGGAAAUAUCUUUAAUUUUUGCCAGAAUGCUGUUGAAAAUAAGGAUAGCAUGAGUUAUAGUAUAUUCUUUCUUGCAAAAUCGACAUAUUACCAUGCUUGUGACAAUGACUGUGCUACCAUCCUUGCAAAAUUUUGUUUGUAUCCAUUUAAAAUAAUAAAAGAUUCACCUGAA